AUGAACAAAUUGACUAUAGAUAAAUUUUAUGUCAAAAGGAUUCGAGCUUAUUAUGACGAUACAACAAGCACAGAAAUCGAAGAAACGGACUCGAUGCUUUAUUAUAAAACUCAAACAUUUUAUUGUAAAGUUGAAAUAGAUAUUCCUACAUGUAUAUCUGAUCACGAUUGGACAGUUGGUCUUGUUCAAGCUUGUGAUUAUAUGUAUUUAGCUAAUGAUUAUGAAGGAAUUGGUCAAUCACUUUGGGAAUUUCAUCCAUUAAAAAGUGGUCUGAGACAACUAAUCAAUGAUAGCGAUGGGCUGCAAUAUCCAUUUUAUAGUGUUCAUCAAAGUUUAUAUAAUAUUAAAAAAGGUCCCUUAAAAAAAUCAACUCUAAAUUUACAUGUGAAAGAUUAUUUCCAUCCUUCUGUUGUCUGGGAAUUACCUUUUUCUGGUGGCGUACGACUAACUGAAAUUAUUAGACAACAAAAAUUUCUAAUUUGGUUAGUAGCUAUCAAAUAUGGAAAAACGUUUUCAUGUAAAGAUGAGAUUUCUGUAUUGGAAAAAAUACGUUGGGAAUAUGACUUACGUAUAAAAGUUGAUCCAUUUAUGCCUCUGGGUAGUCGUAUACGCAAAAUUUAUGAUGUCCAACAUAAUGGGGUUAUUUUAACAAAUUCGGAUAAACCUUACAGACUACCCAUCUCUGCAGCACAUCCACCCCACUGUAAUGCUGCCCAAUCAUUAAUUUGGUAUCCUAAAGACCCACACACAACAGCACGUAUACUCGUGCCUCCUAAACAAAUUAUCGUUCCGUGGGAAGAAUGGGUACAUGAUAUGUUAGGUCCAAAUGCUAGAGUUUGCAAGCCAAAUGAAGUUUUUGAGAUUGUUGGUGAUAUAACUUAA